UUUGUAUAAACAACCUAUAGUAUUUGUUAAGUUUUUGUGUAUGCUAAGUUGUGGAUUUGGGUAAAAGUUUGUUGUUGUGGGACAAGAGAUAACUUGGUGGUGAUGGAGGGAAUGGACAGACAACAUGGUGUUGAUGCCAGUUUGUGUGCCCGAGAAUUGCGGGAAGGAUUUCCGACACUCGCUGAAGAAGCCGAGCCCUAACUACCCUUAUGGGGCCAAGACGAGGAAGCCGCGGCUGGUGCCAGCCUUCACCAUACAAGCUAUGCAGAAGAACACCCGAGUGAUCCCGCCGAAGAAAUGCGGAGUCUUCGACCCAAAGCCGAUCAAGCCGUCCAUGUUCAGGAAAUGCUACUCCAGAGGCGAGUUCCCGGUCACCAUCGAGUUCACGAGCAGUGGGAAGCGACUCAGUUGGAAGGUCCCGAUUGAAAAGCUGGACUUCCACCAUUACCUCCCAAUGUUCUUCGACGGCCUCGCAGAGGGCGACUACCCAUUCAGCUUCAUCGUGGAAAAUGGGAUCAAUGACCUAGUCUCCAAAGGCUCUUACAAGAUCCUGCCUGUGGUGCCGCAACUCAUCAUACCCAUCAAAAAUGCCCUGUCAACGAAGAGGCCGAACGUGAUAUGUCACACGCUGAAAUGUAUCCAGAUGAUCAUCACCGGCUCAGACCGGGUGGGCGAAGCGUUUGUGCCAUACUACAGGCAGAUACUGCCCAUAUUGAACCUGUUUAAGGACAAAAACUCAAAUAUGGGUUCCGGCAUCGACCACAGUUCCUCUCGCGGCGAGAACGUCGGCGACCUGAUCGAGGAAACCCUGCAGAUUCUGGAGCGUUACGGCGGCCCUGACGCCUUCAUCAACAUCAAGUACAUGAUACCUACCUAUGAGUCAUGCGUGCUCAACUAGAGGGCUGGUCGCAAAGGAACUGGGAGAUGUGGUUGUAGUAUUCUGACGGUCAGUUUAGCAUGCAUUUGUCAGGUUAAAAGAGCAGAAUUUUUAAAUUAUUUCGGUGUUGAAUAGUCAAGCACGGUCACUUUUGCCUUUAUCGACAUAAUGUAAAUACAAUGAUACCGACUUGCAUGUCGCGCGUGCUCAACUGGAGGUCUGAUUACAGCAGAUCUGGUAGGCUAGCACGGUCGCGUGAUAAGCAAUAUGACGUCAGGCUGUCCUUUUUGCACUAUUCGGUAGUGCGUUAGGGACGCACCGAUACGCUAAAGUUUAUCCAACUAGUGUGCUAUGCCCGCCGAACCUACUAAGGUUUCUUUUCGCCUUCGGAUCCAACGUCGAUGGAGCUUUUAGUAAGUAUUUAUUUUCAUCAGACUAUGAUUAACCAAACCGAGUCUCAACACAGAAAUUCGUAAUAGUCUUGCCUUGCCUAUACUCAGACACACCCAUCUUGGCAGUAUAAAAAGACAAAGUGGUUGUGCCAGAAUAAGUCUUGGUACGGGCACGUUCUGAGAGGUAAGUAGAGAAUUAGUGGGAUUUUAGACUAACAUUUCUAAAUAUUUUUCUUCAGAUCAGUUCAGCUAAAAUAGUAGAUUCACUAAGAUGCUAAAUUUACUUUCGGUAGGGAAAAAAACAACAGCAACAGGUAGCAUAGCUUGUCUAUAAAAUCCUAAUGAAAUAUUUUAGAACAUGCACGUAGUUUUCAUCCAUACAUAUUAUUAUAAUAUUGUACCUACUCUAUAACAUGUACACAUAAUAUUAUUAUUAUGUAUUUGAAGGUAAACUGAAAUGAGAAAUUAUAAUUCAUUACGUCAUAUAUGUUUUUAUGUGAAAGGAAAUGCUUUUGAUGUUGUCUUGUGCAUGCAUAAUAAAAUAUCGUGUAACAUUUGAUAAUUAUUUGAAUUUUUCGCAAUUCCUAUACUGUUAAAUUAUUCUGUGUAGUUGACAUAAGUAAUCGUUUAAUUAUUCAGUAGAUUAGUUAUAAUGAAAUGCAAGACUCAUAUAAUUAAUUAUUGUUUAAUAUGCUAAAGUAAUAUUAAUAAUGAUAAUGACUGAUUCGUUAUAUUGUUAAGUCUUGCUUUGUUAGUUUUAGUAACAGUUUUGUGCGAAUUUUGAAAGUUUUACACUGUUGCUUUAU